GGGUGAGCUCUAUUCCUACCCAGAGGGAAAACUCCUCGUGCGCGUGGAAGGUUUCGACGCCACAAAAGCUAUUGUGGCCGGCCCAACGCUAGUUCAUCAACUCUCGAGAAGAAUGUUUGUCUUCAGGGACAGGGAAUCAAAUGCUGUCCUUUCCAAUUACAAUGGUGCAACGGUUCGUCCCAUCAAGUAUCCAUACCAGCAUAUCUCCUACUCACUCAGCGGUUCCAGACUGCUCACGGAGGCCACUGGAGGAUCAGGAGAUCAAGUGACAACACUUAGAGGGAAUGUCGUUUCUGUGCGACAUAUGCAAGGCAGCACAAAGCUUGUGUUCACCUGCCCUGUGUUUCUCAACCUUCAAACUGUUAAAGGAAACUACAUGGCAUAUGAGAACUAUGACUACUUCAUGGACAAGUUGGAUGGGCCAGGUAACGAGGAUGGCGGCAGUCACUGCUCGAUGGUCAGGAUUGGUUCCACACCACCGUUUGCCGAACUGGCAGUGAUGCAUCUUGUCGGCUGGCGGCUUGACAGCUUUGAUGACCUUCCAGAGACAAUAAAGAGCUUCAUAAUGUCAGAGGACCCGAUGUGGCGUGAAGCACCAUCAGACCUAGAUGAUAUCCGACGUAUGCAGAGGGGAGCGCCCAUCUUGGUGAGAAGUUAGAGUGGGUGGGUACCAGUUCUACCAGCACUCGUCUCACACUACAGCUCACUUGUGCUCCUGGUAACUGCCACUUGGAAAACAUCAGGACUCUAGUACAACUUUUUGUAUGUGUCUGCUGGAUUUUCCUAAUUAAAACACCAGUUCACCGGAAGCUAAGUCGGGCUUUUACGGGUUUACGCGGUAGGGCCAAGACGCUUCAGCCCUAGGCUGGUAGUGAAUGGGGAAGGCCACUAUGAAGAAAAACAGUUGAAGGCUCGCAAGCGUUGGAAGGUCGCUACGUCAACGUACGCUCGUGUGAACUGGUGAUUUAAUCGCAGGUAGCCAUCUGUAUGAAGUCAACCAUUGGUUGACCAGCAGUGGCUCACACAACUUGACUAACUGUCUUGCCUCUUUGACAACGCAUCCGAGUUUGCUUGCGCUAUGGUUCGAUCACGAUAAGGGAGAGACUACCGUCUUCCCCUGAAGAUAACGCACCCUGAAAAUGAAUGUAUACAAGCUAUCUUUCCGGUUCAGUACAGCCACAAUCAGGGCCCGUUGCGUUGGGGGGAAGACGGUAGUGUAAAUGCUACGCUGUGUUUUGCAGAGCCGAUCACUGCCAUCGAGAUGGCAGGCAUAACCACCAUGGAGAUCCAUAUGGACUCGUCUUUGAGGUGGUCGCAGUGACGAGGGAGGGAAGGAAGGAGGCAUACCCAGGGUGGUUGCAGUAUUUUUCUUGUAUGAUCACUCCCGGGCACGCACAGCCAGCGUGCCGGAUGCAAAAGGACUUGUCGUGAGGGGUCAGGCAGGCCCUCUCAUCUUGCAAACGGUGGACCCCAUUAUGCUCAAGUUGUUUGACGUUAACAAGGAGUCGGCAAUAUGACAACGAGGAGGUACUUAAUUGUCGGAAUUGCGCGAGCCCUCCCCACAUGCAUUUUCACAUGCUCAUAGUCCUUCGGAACAUCGGCUAAAAUUGGAACGAUACAGAGAAAGGAGAUUACCAUGGCCCCUGCACAAGGAUGACACGAAAAGAAAAAUCGAAAAAAAAUUGUUCACAUGCAUGUAUAUAUGGUGCAGAGAUGGCAAGGAGUGUGUGUAACAAGUCUGCUUGCAGCCACUGGAGCAAGCAGAGGUGACGUGUGUGUGCUCAUCACCACAGAGCCUGGGUGACAUGUCUGUUUGUGAUCAACGAGCCUGGGUGACGUGUCUGCUUUUAACCAUGGAGCCUGGGGACAUGUCUGCUUGCAAGUUCCAACCAUGGAGCCUGGGUUACAUGUGUGUGCUUGCAACAACUGGAUCUUGUGAUCUGGUGGUUGGCGAACCGCAGCACGAGCAACGAAUCUUCACACGGCUUUGCUGGCAAGGUGCAGAGAGAGAACAGGGGAGGGAAGGUGAUGACAAAAAAGAGGAAUGAAAGAUGGUUUGAACCAUGCUCUUCUUUGUUUGUUUGUCGAUUUGGAUCGCCAAGCAAUUUUGACUUUGGUUAGGGUCAACAGUAAUGAAGGAUGGUUUGAACCAUGCUCUUCUUUGUUUGUUUGUCGGUUUGGAUCGGCAAGGAAUUUUGACUUUGGUUAGGGUUAACAGGAAUGAAGGAUGGUUUGAACCAUGCUCUUCUUUGUUUGUUUGUCGGUUUGGAUCGGCAAGCAAUUUUGGCUUCGACCCAGUGGCAAAGUCGUCCCCGGAGAAACAGACAGAUUGCGACUCGAUUAUCUAACCACUCGGAAUGUUCAUUCAGUUGAGAAGGCAUCACGUGUUCAGGGACGGGGACAGCGAUGGAUCUUUUGUAUUGUGCAAGUCACGAACGAUCUGUUUGACCAAUUGCCUCCAAGUCUCUUUGGUUGCACUCGUAUUGUGCAAGUCACAGACGAUCUGUUUGACCAACUGUAUUCUUCGCUCCAAGUCUCCCUGAUUUGCAGAGCUGGUGAUCUGUGUUGUUGGGACGACCACUUGCGGAUGCACGCUGGAGACAGCACAGUGGUGCUCGCCGCAGAUGCAAGGUCUCCGACCAUGUUCCUCAACGUGGACUCAGGCUCGACUGUACCCGUUUCUCAAAUUUCAAGUUUUCCAACCUUUCCACGAAUAGGAUUCAAAAUGUCAAAUGGCGUUUGAGUCGGUUUGACACACAGGGGAGGGGAGGUUAUGCAGAGCUGUGAGAACUCCACUAGCUUGCAUUUGCUGCCCUGUGGCUCAUUUUGUCGUCGAAUUUUGGAGACAUCUACCCAUGUGGAAGGUCUUUCGAUGCCAGUCGGUAGCUGAUUGGAGGUUGACUUCCAGAUUAGCAGCUAGCAGGUCAACGAUUUGCCGUUGUACUAGGCAGUACUACUUGUGCAUUCAAUAACUGUUUCUCUGCACGCCAAGGUUCGAGCAAGGUUAUGGGUAGCAUGGUGCUUGCUCAUUGCAAUUGACGUCUGUGACCUGUCCCAUCAUGCAAUCGUGACGGUGAUCGUCAACUGUCUCAGCACGUACUCACACCUGCUCUAUCGUAAAUGCAUCUGAACGCAUUAAUGGCUGGACCUGUCUGUAUCUGAACGCAAUUACGUUCAUAAAUAAGUGAAAACGCCGUAGUGUGAGUAUACCAUGCCCUUAAUCAGCCAGCCACUUGCAGAACACCAACCACUUUCCUUGUCAGUGUUUGUCGACCUUACGUCUGGUAAGAGCGAAGCCGGACCGUUAUGGAAAUAUUGGUUCUUCUGAUAUUGGGCGCCGCCAAACAACUCGUUCAGUGGUUUCCUUUUUUUCGCCAAGCAUUUAUUCCUGUCUUGCAAGGUAACAUUUUAGGAAAACUUAGAAAAGUGAGAAAGGCAGGUUGUGAACAAAACACCGAGAGAGAAUAUAUUUCCCUUCUCUUUGCAUCUGGAAAGACUUAGUGACCGUUAUUACAUUCACUCGUACGGAGUUGAAAAAGGCUAUAGGUACAUAUAAUCGUCUUCGCAUUUGAUACGUAUGUUGUGCUAUUCGCUGCCCAUACAGGUCAAGAAUUCAUCAAAGCUGGACUUUCAGGGAACUAUUGAUGAUGGCCAUCUGCAUCUAUAUGCAUGCAUGCAUUCUGGCUAUUGUCAUUCUCUGAAACCCCUAUCAAUGCCCAUUGCAAUC